AUGAGACGACCCAGGCCAAAACACAAUACUACGUCUUUACCCCGGACGCUUCGCGCCGAACUGGGGAUCAAAGAUCACUACGGCGAAAAGAAGCAUAAACGGAACGGACCUGGAUCGCGAAAAGACCGACGUCAAGCGGAACGGACAGAGAAGAAACGGGGGCCUCCUCCGAAAUCGAAAGCUCGACAAUAUGAGGCCGAGGACGAUGAUGAUGACGAGGAUCUUGCAGAUUUUGGAAACGAGUCAGAUUUUGAUUCGGAUUUAGACGAAGAUGGACCGGCGUCAAAGUCAAAAUCUGCGAAACCCGAACCGAAGCCCAAGUCGAUACUCAAGAAGAAUCAGAAGGGAGUUGAGGAGUCCGAGUCGGAGGAUGCCGCAGAUACCUCCAGCGUAAAGCCCCGCAAGGUUUCUCAGGCCGUGAAAGACAAGCUUGACGAAGAUGCUGCUGAAAUUGCGGCGCUGGAGAAAAAGCUGGGAUUGAAGAAGGGAAAAAAGCUACCAAAGUCAUUCGAAGAGGACGGACUGCUCGACUUGCUGGGGGACUUGGGUGAUGGGUCCGAAGACGAAAGUCGAAAGCGCAAACGAGAGGCCGACGAAUGGCUGAAGAACAAGAGAAGGAAGGCGCAAGGUCUUGCGCCAGAGGACGAUUCGGAGGAGGACGACAGCGAUCUGGGAAGUGACGAGGAGCUUGGAGAUUUUGACGACGACGAUGACUUUGACGAUAUGGAUGAAGAUGAAGACGAAGACGAGGAGGAAGAGAAGCCUGCCGCAAAGAAACGAGAAAAUCCAUACGUUGCACCUGUCGCUCCAUCUGCCGAGAACAAACCCGGCAAAUAUAUUCCUCCGUCACUACGAGCAACCUCUUCGUCUGAAUCCGAGUCACUUACGAGACUGAGGCGUCAGGCUCAAGGACAUUUGAACAAGCUGUCGGAAGCCAAUCUUAUCUCUAUCCUUGGCGAAUUUGAGAAGCUCUAUCGUGAACAUCCCCGACAAAACGUCACUUCUACGCUUUUGACGCUGCUAUUCGGUCUUGUAUGCGAAGGAUCCGCUCUGCAGGAUACAUUUAUCAUCCUACAUGCGGGCUUCAUCGCUGCGCUCUACAAAGUUAUUGGGCCUGACUUUGGCGCUGAGCUUGUUCAGAAGCUGGUUGAAACAUUCGACGCAGCCGGGGAUGAGCGUGGCAAGUUCCAGGGAAAGGAAAUGAUCAACUUAAUCGCUUUACUCUCGCAACUUUAUAACUUUCACGUCGUCGGAAGCACCUUGGUGUUCGACUAUAUCCGGCUGUUCCUGCAAGAGAUCAACGAGGAGAGCACAGAGUUACUACUCAAAAUCAUCCGAAACUCUGGGCCCCAGCUCCGACAAGAUGACCCGUCCUCCUUGAAAGACAUCGUUCUCCUGAUCCAACCUGCCGUAGCAAAGGUCGGCGAAGAAUCGCUGUCAGUCCGGACAAAAUUCAUGAUCGACACUAUCACCGAUCUCAAGAACAACCGUCUAAAAUCGGCACCCGGCUCAAGUGUGACCUCGGAACAUAUUACCAAGAUGCGAAAGAUCCUAGGCUCUCUGAACAACUCCCGAGUCCUCCGCGCCUCGGAGCCCAUCAGUAUUUCACGAGAGGACAUUCACAAUGCCUCCAAGAAGGGCAAGUGGUGGCUUGUCGGUGCAAGCUGGAAGGAAGAUCCUCUUGUGUCCGCUCGUCAGGAGCUAGCCAACCUACCGCAGGACAACAAAGCUGCUGUCCAGGAAGAAGACAGCGAGGGCGAGCCCGACCUGGCCAGCAUUGCAAAGGCACACCGCAUGAACACCGAUAUUCGCCGCUCCAUCUUUGUCGCCAUCAUGUCCGCAACAGACUACCAAGAUGCCCACGUCCGACUGAUGAAACUUCGACUGAAACGUGCACAGGAAUUCGAAAUUCCCCGCGUCCUCACUCACUGCGCCAUGGAAGAGGAGGCAUACAACCCCUACUACACGCUGAUUGCACGGCGGCUCUGCGGCGAAAUGGGCCGCCGCAUGAAAGUCUCCUUCAUGUAUACCCUGUGGAACGGCUUCAAGCGAAUGGGCGAAUCAGACGACAUGGACGACGACGAUGAGGAUGCCGGGUUCGGCGACGACAACGACGAGCGCAACCAGCUCUCGAUGAAAUCUGCCGUCAACCUCGCCAAGAUGUACGCCAGCCUCGUUGCCGACGGUGCACUGACGCUGAGCGUGCUGAAAACGCUCAACUUCGCCUACCUUCAGCCCAAGACAAAGGCCUUCCUUGAGAUCCUUAUCAUCACCAUCAUCCAGCAGUCUCAGAAAUCGAAACAGGGUAAGAAAAAGGGCAAGAAGGCGGACCAGGAGGAGGAAGCCGAGAGGAAUGAGAAGCCUCUGAUGGAGAUCUUCCUGCGCGCGCGGGACACACCGCAGAUCGUCAAGGGGUUGAUCUAUUUCAUACGAAAGGUAGUCUCGAAAACAGAUAUUGUAGAGUCUGAGAGGGAGCAGAAGUUGGUUCGGUGGGGAUGCAGGGUCGCUGUGGAUGCUUUGAAGGUUGUGGCGAAUGAAGAUGUUAGUCUUGGGUGA